AUGCCUCGAAUCGAUUCGAAUCGAUUCGAAUCGAUUCGAAUCGAUUCGAAUCGGCUCGAAUCGACUCGAAUCGACUCGAAUCGACUCGAAUCGGAUCGAAUCGACUCGAAUAACCACCCAGACUCGAAUAACCACCCAGAAAAAUUAAAAAAAAAUGCCUCGAAUCGACUCGAAUCGACUCGAAUCGACUCGAAUCGACUCGAAUCGACUCGAAUCGGAUCGAAUCGACUCGAAUAA